AUGAAAGAUAUUCUCCUCAAUCUUACUGACGCUGUUUCUAACUUGAAUAGACGACCGGAAGCAUUACCUCCUACACCAGCUGCGAGUCCUUCUCAGUCUGCUGCUAAGCGGAUGGUUCCAUUCGAUGGUGACAUAAUGAUCGAGUACAAUGCUCUGCGUGAUGCAAUUUGUUACGGGAGAGAAGGUCAAUCGAAGGAUUCGCUCAAUGCAAUGGUGGGAACCUUAAUUGAUUAUUUUAUCCUGCCCCAAGAGCAAGCUGAAUACUCUCUCAGUGGUCGUGCAUGCCGUUCAAUCCCGAACAGUAAGCCAAAGAAGCCGUUCCCGGUCUCUACCAUAGAUGCUAUGACCAAUUUCAUUCUUCCGAGAUGGAAGUCAUGGCACAACAAUGAUCUUUCCAAGGAACAAAUUAAGGCCGCCAUAACCGCAAAGCUUGUGAAUAGCCACUCAAAAACAAAGAAGAAGAAUUUAAAAGGGCAGCAGCAAAACGUUGAAGAUGACAUAUUUGGUGAUGGUGGUGAAGCUAAUAACAAUGGAUUGCUUGAUAACAACCAGCAAACAGAAGAAAAUGGCACAGCCUAAGUUUAUUUUACGCGUAAAUUUUACGUUCCCACUGUCCUGCCAUUUUGUGCUCGAGUUCAAUUUUAUUCUAUCCAAUUGAUUGAUUGUCACGUAUUUUAAUUCCUCUCAUGCCGUGCGAAAUGUUUUUAUUGGUCUUAAACGUACGUAUAACCCUAUUUCCCACUAGUUGUUUCACACUUGUGUGAAUUUUACCUUACUGCCUUAAUUUGCUGCCCUUCAUUCUGUUUUUAAAACCAAGUUUCUUAAAUGUACGUAUUUCCCACUCGUUCUUCACACUUGUGUGAAUUUUCCCUUAAUGCCUCAAUUUGGCCCCUUGAUUCUGUUUUUAAAGCCACGGAACAAUCUAGAGUGACAAUACAAUUCAUUGUGUCUACAAAUCUU